AUGACAUCAGCAGAUGAAGAAAACUCUUAUAUCGAUUACGAAACUUUUCUCUCUCCGACAUUCUCCUCCUCAUCAUUUGCAAAUUCCCUUGUUCUGGGGACAAAUAACCCUACCGAUACCCCCCUCGACCUCUCGACACCCCUCUCCCGCGUCUUAUUCGAUGCGCAAGAAAUAAAUACACAUAUAGACAGUCUUACAACUAAAAACGCUCUACCUCUCCUAUCACAUACCCAAGAUCAAACUGAAUCGAGCCAAAGGAUUGUACAAGAAAUAGAUUCGCAGGUCGCAAGUCUCAAUGAUGGGUACAAACGACUCGAAAAGGAAGUUCUAGUACGAUAUGAAACUGCAGAGGAGGUCCAAAGUGUUGCUAGUAGGUUAUGGGAGACCGUGAGACUGGGGCGAGUGGUAGCACGAUGUUUACAAUUGGGAAGACAACUUGAGAUUCAACUAUCCGAAAUUGGAAAUACGGGUGCGCCUGUUAAGGUUCCCGGAGCGAAGGAGGACCAUAAAGCAUUAGUACGAUGUUCGAAUACAUUAUUGAAUAUACGAGAGCUUUUCCAGAAAAGUGGCCCAGGAGAAGAAGGCCAUGGAUUGGAGAGGAUAGAUGUUGUGCGGACACUCCAAACAUCUAUCAUUAACCCGGCAGAGCGGGUGGUACUUUCUAGAUCGCAACAACUUAUUCGGGAAUUCUCGAUGAGCAAUUUGUCGUCUAAUAGCAAUACGUCAACAUAUGCGCAGACCAGGGAUACGAAAGAGCGCACAGAUUCGGCUCUGAAAACUUUAUAUCUUCUAUCCUCUACAAGUGGGCUUAAUAGUAAGAGCGCGAAGAAACUAAAAUGGGAACCAGAUCUACUUGUCCAAUCGCUUCAGGAUUAUCUCCGCACUGCUCUUACUAGCUCAUUAGCAGCUCUUUCUCGCGCCCUGGCUACACUUCCCACCCUAGACCGAACUCUCCUCGAGGUUUCUGCUCGAUGUCAAAAUAUUUUGGCUUUAGAAUCACUACUUGCAUCUAUCCAACCUACGCCACAUCUUAAUUUACCAUUUGACGAUAUGGCGCCGGUGAAUUUUCUUCAACCUCUUCUGACGUCUUUAGAAACGGGUUCAUUACCAAGUUAUUUCUGGAGGACUUUGGCAGGGGGAUUGACCACAAAAGUACAAGAAAUCAUCAAUAAGGGUGGUGUUAGCGCUAGGACGCUAAAGAGUAAUCGUAAUAGUGUCAGAGAUGCGAUCCGUGAUUGUGUAGUGAAGGGUAGUAGAGCGCCUGCUGGAAUAAGUGCUCUCAAGGGCGAGACAAGAACGGAUGGCAGCUGGGAACGAGAAGUAGCAGUAAUGGUAGCAAGUGUUAUGGGACCACUGGGUCGUUGA